AUGCGGCCCCAGCUGCUCCUCGUCCUGGCGUUCCUGGCGCUCCUGGCCUCUGCCCGCGCGACGGAGGAGGCGGACCGCGCCACCCUGCUUGGCGUCAUGCAGGGCUACGUGCAUCACGCCACCAAGACCGCCCAGGACGCCCUGACCACCAUGAAGGAGUCCCCGAUGGCACAGCAGGCCAGGGGCUGGAUGAACGGGGGGCUCAGCUCCCUGAAGGACUACUGGAGCACGCUGACCGGCAGGCUCUCGGGGCUCUGGGAGUCCACGCCCGAGAUGCUGCCGCCCACGCCGGCUCCCGACGCCGCCUGACGCCCGCUCGCUCCCGCCCCUCCGUCCAUCCGUCCACCCUCCCGCGCCUGCCCCGGGCCCGAGGUAGCUGGAGCGGGGCAGCAGCGUUCUCAAUGCCCCCCCUCCCCCCGGCCUGGUCCACCUCCAGGCCUCCCAAUAAAAACGCGUGAGAAGCUGCC